GAAAGAAAUUAUAAAAUAAAGUUAUUCAUAAUGGGUGUUAUUUCGUCGCUAGAGUUUGUUCCUAGUAACUAUAAAAUACAGUACGUAGACCCUGACAAGAAGAGAUCACUCGUCCUCCACAAAGGUCACUCCGCCCUCAUUGGUACCAAGUCUCUCAGAGUCAAAAUAACCAAAGGCAGAAUUGAGAUUGUCAAAGUCCCCAGCAUUCAUUCUACAGUAGGUUGGCUGCUCAAAGAAGUUUCGAAGCUGUACGACCACUUGCAUGCCACUGGCAAGCUCGGAGACGUUCCUGAACAACGGAUCGUCGGACUGAAGUCAACAGACUCGAUUUCAUCGCUGGACUACUACCUGACCAAGCCCAAGAAUUCGUUGCACCCAGUCAAAGAAAGCACAAUUCUGGUAGUGCUGUACGCCAAAGGCAGCGAGAACCCUAGAGAAGCCGAGGACAAGCCUAAGGUGACCAAAGACAGUUUCACUUUCUUGAAAGUUAUCGGCAGCGGAGGCUACUCGAACGUGGUGCUUGCAAGAAAGAAGGACACAGGAAAACUUUUUGCUAUUUAAAAUCAUCAAGAAGGACAAUACUUAUAUAAAGACUAAUUAAAAACGUUUACCUGACUGAAGCAAGAAUUAUGAGAAAGCUAACAGGUUUGCCAUUCACAGUUGGUUUGCACUACACCUUCCAGACUUCCACAGAACUUUGUUUUGCAAUGGACCCUUGAAUUGGAGGGAAUCUUUUCCAUUUUAUGACUCACUUUUCUAAGAAGGACCUCAAUCUAAAUAUUGUCAAAUUUUACUUAGCGGAAAUAGUUGUUGCACUUGACAUGAUCCAUUCUGAGAACAUAAUGUAUCGAGAUUUAAAACCUGAAAAUAUUUUGCUUGAUAUCGAUGGGCAUGUAAAAAUCUCAGACUUUGGAUUAUCAAAGCAGUUAAAGAGGAAAGAUGAGACCAGUCUUACUUUCUGAGGGUCUCCAGAGUACAUUCCACCUGAAAUGAUUCUUGGCUAUGAGCACUCUAAGACAGUUGAUUUUUACACCUUAGGAUGUCUCCUUUAUGAGAUGAUUGUUGGGUUCCCUCCCUUCCACUCUAGAGAUAUCAAAAAGUUAGAGAAAAGGAUCAUUAGCGGCUCCAUCUGCUUUCCUCAUGAGAUAGACGAAGUGACUAAAGACUUAAUAGAGUGGCUCCUCUCAAGGUACCCACUUGAUCGUCCCAAAGACUGCAGUGAGAUUAAGAACCAUCAGUUCUUUGAUGGUAUUGACUGGGAUAGGAUUGCUAAAAAGGAAGCCAUCCCUCCAUGGGUUCCUGAUUUGUACACCUUCCAUGGAUCAAAAGGGAUGUCUCUAAAACAAGUUUUUAACAAUAAGUCAGCAUUGAAAAAUCAGAAAAAUGUUAAGCAUAAAAAUAGAAAACAGUCACUUGAAUGCUAUGAAGGCGACAUCCCUCUAAGAGAACAAGAUCUAAAGAAACGACCAAGAUAUAGGAGCAGCAAGAGCAUCUCCAUAGACCUCGAAGAUGAGCUCUAUCUUGAAGAUUUUGACUGUGAAGUUGAACCAGAGUCGGAGUCAGAAUCGGAAGAUGACUAUGAUAGCUCACUUGUUAAUGAAUCGCCUUCUCAUAAUGAUGAAAGUUCAGUAGAACAACACGCAAAUAACAACACUUCUAACAAUUUCCUCGAUACUGAAGAAUUAGGAUUGUCACCAUCACCUCAGAAAUCUGGCCAAGAGGGGCAUAUCAACAGUUUGAAAUAAGUACAACAAUGAUAUCGCGUCAAAAAGAAGAGCGUCAAAGCUCAGAAAGUUCGGCUCUGUGGAGUAUGCAGUUACUCCAAAAGCUGAGAAGCAUUGAUAUUUUUACCAAAAGACAUUUGAGGACUUCAACAAUGGCUCGCAUUUCUCUAAGUCUUUCAAACAGAAAAAACCUAGUUUUGAGUCAUCUGAUCUUGAAAAACUAUAAAAUACAUACUCAAAUAUGUUGAUUUCUAAAAUUUGCGA